UCCAGUUCAAGUGAUAAUUUGCUAUUGGAGGCACCAGGCAAGCAAAUCACUUAUGCAGGUCAAGUUCAAUGCGUACAGAUAAUUCUUUACAGAACGGUAACAGCCCUCCAUUUAUCCCAUCCCAGAGAUGCUUCAUGCUGAAUGUAGAGUAAGACUAUUGGAGUGUCAGGAUGAAAUCACAAUUGAACCAUGUUCUAAAAAAAUGAAAUCAACAGAAGAGGCUUAUGAGAAACUCUGUAAUGAUGAUUACCAAAGUGUUCAAGAGAAAGUGGAUGCUGAAAGAACAUGUAGUGGUUUGGUACCAUGGUAUGUCUCAGAUAACCAAGGGGAACAUGAAAUGCAGAAGCAAGAGAAAAUACCUACAGGUGUCUCGAAAACACUGAAUGAAGUGCUUCCUGAUAAAAAUCUAGUGCUUAGUCAGCCAGUUGAUUCAGAGAGUGUGGAGAAUAUAAAUCAUCCAUUUGUACUGGUAGAUGAUGCUGAAGUUGAAGAUAAGCAAGGCCCUUUUAUUACUAAUAGUGUUGAUGAAGGCAAUGAUAAAAAUAACAGUAAAUCAUUCUCAGUAAAUAGAAAUGAAUCAGAUGAAGAGUUUAUUACAAGCAAAGAAUUUAUUGGACCCAUUUACAAGCCUGCUGAAGGUAACAAACAAGACGAACCUCAGAGUUGCAUUGAAGGUAGAAAUAGCGGGGGAGAUCAGAAUGAACUAUGUGAAAACAGAAUUAAGAGAAAAGAAGCAAAGAGAACACAGACUACUGCUGCUGCUGUAACAGAAAUAGAUGAUGAACUGUGCCAGUUUUAUAAAGAAAUUCACCAGCUUGAAAAUGACAAUUUAGAUGGUAAUUUUCAGGAAGAAGAGAUUAAAGCUUCUCAGGAGCAAUAUUCUCCACAUAACUGCAGUCAGGCAUCACAUGAGGAUUGUCAACGCACAUUGCUGGGUAGCCCACAACCCUUUCAUGAGAUCAGACAGUGUUUCUCUGGGGAACAGAAGAGUCAGAACGCAAGUGCUGAGCAGCAGUUUAACAGGGAAACAAGUGGCUGGAAGACUGAAAAUACCUUUAAUGGGCAAGUAGAUUCUAAGUUUUGGAAGAACUCAGUGCCUGAAUUCAGACCUGCCUGGCAGUCAACAGAGUCUUUCAUAGUACCUCAGGGACCUCUUCCUCCUCUGCCUCCUAGAUUCAACCAUCAGUCACAUUUUCAAAUACUUAAUUCCCCACCACGAAAACCAAAUCCUUUUCCUUCUCAUAAUGAUGAACUUUCUUACAAAAAUUAUUGUGAUUACCAUGGAAAUAAUGAUAUCAGCUGCCAUGGUCCAUUACCUGAUCAAGAUGCCAGCUGUGUUGGUCGUAUUGAUAUCCAUAGUACUCAGGUAUCCAGAAAUGGAAAUAAUGACCAGAAUGUACCCCAAAAUAAUGGUUUCUGUGAAACCAGAGAAGAGUGUUGGAAAGAUCCUAAAUAUUGCCAUACAGAUGGAAUGCACAGCUUCUCUUUCUUGAAGUUACCUGAGGAAAAGCUACACAGCUCACAGAAAUUACUCCUAAUUUUAAGAGGUCUACCUGGUUCCGGGAAAUCAACACUUUCUCGUUUUCUGCUUGGCCAAAACUGUGAUGGCAUUGUAUUCAGCACUGAUGAUUAUUUUCGUCAGCAAGAUGGAUAUACAUAUAAUGCUGCUCAGCUUGGUGAUGCCCAUGACUGGAAUCAGAAGAGAGCAAAACAAGCAAUGGAGCAGGGAAAAUCUCCAAUUAUAAUAGACAACACUAAUACUCAAGCCUGGGAAAUGAAGCCAUACGUAGAAAUGGCUCUAGAAAAAGGAUACAGAGUGGAGUUUCGUGAGCCGGAUACUUGGUGGAAGUUUGAUCCCAAAGAAUUAGAAAAGAGGAAUAAACAUGGGGUCACUCGUGAGAAGAUUGCUCAGAUGUUGGAACGAUAUGAAUAUCAAAUAUCCAUACCUAUUGUCAUGAAUUCAGUGGUACCUCCUCACAAGCAAAUACAAAAGCCACCUCUGCAACGAAGACAUAGGGAGACCAUUCUAAAGAAGAACCCUAGGCACCAGCUGACAAAAGUGAAGCAGAGGAAAAAGCGAAAAAGAAACAAAAAAAUGAAAGGCAAUCAUACAGAAAUUACAAAGAAGUUGUUAGAUGGAGCAGCUCAUCAUCAAAUUCCUGAUGACCAGGAAACAUCAGAAAGUGGAGACGAUGACUCAGAAGAAGAAAACAUAAAAUCUGUGUGUACAUUUAGUGAGGAUCCAGGGGAUCAAAUAAUGGGUUGUGAAGAGGGGCCUAAUGGUGAUAAUGAAAGCCUAAAAGCCACAGUCUUUCCAAGAGAAGGAUCUCCUAUUACUGGACCUGCAAUGUCAACUAUGUUGUUGGACGGUGCAUUGAAAAGUGAAUUGUCUGUAGAAAGUGGCAGUUCAUUUCUAUUAAAUUUAAAAACUGUUUCUAAUGAAAACCUAACCAAAUAUGCAUUUGAUUAUCCGGAAACAGACCAAAGGCAGAAGGAAAGUGUUUUAGAAAGCCAGAGCAAUUUCCUAAAAAUAAAUGAUGUUAAAAGUUCCAUCCAAGAAACAGAAUGCAACUGUGCUGAUUAUAACGUUGUGUUGUUAGGCACAGAAAACAAACUUAACCUGGAUCAAAUUACAUGUGAACCUCACAUAGAAGCUGAGCUUUUAAGUUUGAAUGAUCAAAAAAAAGAAAUCACUCAGUGUUACAAUUCAGAAGUACAUAAUGACAUAUCUGAUGAUAACACAGAGGAGAAACAUGCAUUAAAAGGAGAAGAGAAUUGCUGUAAUGGCUGGGCAUUUUUUUCAAUUAAUUUACCUACUGAGGAAUUGCAGCUGGACUUUGAUAAACAAGUUUCUCUCUCUUCUUGGUCUGAGGAUAAGUUUGUAGGUGAACAAAGACAAAAAAAAGCGAGGAAACCUAAACAGGCUCAUGUUAACAGCUCAGCAGAGCUAAAUUGCCAUCAGUCUUAUGAAGAACUAGUAAAGGAAAACCAUCCAUUGGUAAAGGUAACAGCAACUGAGGAGACCAAUAAUGUAAUAAGCAUUGGUCCGUGUGCCCCUCCUGCAGGUGAAAUGUGCAUCGAUUCACUUGUGGAAUCCAGGGACGCCUUCACACACCGUUUGAGUCAAGUGAGCACUCCAGGAAACGAUCCUUCACCGCUUACAUCCAAGCGGAAAAGAUGCAAAAGAAUUUUUAAAUUGGCACCAAAGUUUAAUCUACCAAGACAGAUUGCUGCUGUUAGAGAAGAAAGGAAGGAAGUCCAGUUAAGAGAUGAUAUCCCCUCAAAAAGCAUUUUAGAAACAGAGCAAAAGAGAAUUCUGAACAAAGACUUGGGAGAGGAACAUAACGAGAACCUUACAUCUCAGGAAUAUUCUGCACUUUACAAUAGCAAUGAGACAGCCUGCUCCUUACCCACCUGUGGUGAAGAUGCAGAUUCUCCAUUAGAUGAUGCUUCAUGUAGUCAUUUGGGACAAUCUGAUUCUUCUCCAAUGCCAAGUGUUUGUAUUAUUUCUGGGACAAAGGAGGAACAAGAUAGAACUCAUAAGCAACAAGUGUUUGAUGAAAAAGAGAAUGAGAGUGAACAAGCCUCUUCAGAGGUUACAACUAGCAAACCAGAUAUUUUGUCUUCCGUUAAGGUGGUUUCUGAAUAUCCAGAAAGUUCUAAUAUGUUGGAAGCCUGUAGUGAAAAUACGCACAAAGCAGAUGACCCUGAGCCAUCAGAGGCUUCACAGCUCGAAGAUGAGCAGGAUGUGAACAAGAAGCCUAAUUUUCUGGGACUUCCCUUAUCAUUAGGAUUUGCUUUUCAACUUGUGCAGCUCUUUGGUUCUCCAGGUCUUCCACUGGAAUCCUUGUUGCCAGAUGAUUAUAUAGUACCUCUUGACUGGAAAAUUUCAAAGAUGAUCUAUUUACUGUGGAAGACCUCUGUGGAGGCAAAACAGAAAACAAAUGGAUUGCAGAACGGAAGUACUUUGGCUGAUGAUACUAUUGGUCUUGAAGAUCUAAAUAAAAAUUGUCAAGAGAAUCAAGACACUUCUGAAACACUUCCAGAAACAGAGCUGUUUCAAGGGCUGAGAGAAGAGACUGUCAUUACCUGUACUAGCACUGGCUGCUCAGAUACUGUAUUUCAUCAGUCUUGAUUGGUCAUCUUAAAUAAAAAAAAUAUCUGCAUGAAGAAAAAGAAAUUUCUCUCUUUGAUUCUACCAUGGAAGGACCUCAGUUUACAAUCAAAUACUUUAAAUGUAAGGAAUCACC